GGGAGAUAAGGGUCGGCCGUGGAGCUUCCGCCGGGUGGCGUGGCCAUGGCAGGAGGUUCCUUCCGGAGGAGCAUUGCUUCCCAGCUUUCAAAAGUUUUGGAUCUGCCACCAGAGAAUUUAAUAAAGUCCAUAUCUGCAGUUCCUGUCUCCAAAAAACGGCAUGUUGCUGAUUUCCAGAUCUCCCUUGCUUCUGUAAAAGAAAACAGUUCUAGUGAUUGCUUAGCACAAGACCUGCAUCUUCAAGCUCAGCAGCUUGCUGAAAGGCUAAAAUGUGAUUCAGUAGUGAGUGCAAUCAGCGCUGGUCCAGGAACAGUGAAUUUUACAAUAAACAGGGAAUUAUUAGCAAAGACUGUGCUGCAGCAGGUGUGGAAAGAUGGCUCAGAGUAUGGAGUAAAAAGUGAACUUUUCUCUACAGUUCCCAGACAAAAGGCAGUGAUUGAGUUCAGCUCCCCUAAUAUUGCCAAAAAGUUUCACAUAGGACAUCUGCGUUCCACCAUAGUAGGGAAUUUUAUAGCAAAUCUCAAAGUUGCGCUGGGACAUGAAGUAGUAAGGAUAAAUUACCUUGGUGACUGGGGCAUGCAGUUUGGCUUAUUGGGUGUUGGUUUCCAAUCCUUUGGCAACAAAGAAAAACUAAAAUCUAGUCCAUUGCAACACCUUUUUGAGGUGUAUGUGCAGAUUAACAAGGCAGCAGAAGAUGAAAACACAAAAAAGCUGGCUAAGGAUUUCUUCAGAAAACUGGAGGAGCAUGAUGAGCAGACAUUGUCAAUUUGGAAACAAUUUAGAGACCUCAGUAUUGAGGAAUACAUCCGGAUUUAUAAGCGUCUAGGAGUGCACUUUGAUGAAUAUUCUGGAGAGUCACUUUACCAAGAGAAGGCCCAGGAAGUUCUGAAGAUGUUGGAAGAUAAAGGACUCCUUCAGAAAACAAUAAAAGGGACAGGAAUUGUGGAUCUCUCGGAGAAAAAAGACCUCUCAACAGUUUCCACCGUCAUGCGCAGUGAUGGGACAUCUCUUUAUAUAACAAGAGAUCUUGCAGCUGCUAUAGACAGAAUGAAUAAGCACAGCUGGGAUACCAUGAUUUAUGUGACAGAUAAAAGCCAAAGUAAUCACUUUCAACAUUUAUUCCAAAUACUGAAGCUCAUGGGUUAUGACUGGGCAGAAAGGUGCCAGCAUGUGUCUUUUGGUCUAGUUCAAGGCAUGAAGACUCGGAGAGGAGAAGUAAUUUUUCUGGAAGAUGUUUUAAAUGAAGUUCGCUCAAGGAUGUUACAAAACAUGAGUUCCACAAAAACAACCAAAGAGGUCCAAGAUCCUGUGGAAACAGCAGAGAAGGUUGGUCUUGCAGCACUCAUAAUUCAGGAUUUCCGGGGCCUUCUGUCAUCUGAUUACCAGUUUAGCUGGGACCGAGCUCUCCAAAGUCGGGGAGAUACAGGUGUGUUCUUGCAGUACACCCAUGCCAGACUCCAUAGUUUAGAACAGAUGCAUGGGAAUGCAGAGCUAACUGAUGUGAAUGUGGCAUGCUUGCAAGAGCCAGAUGCCAUCUCUGUUCUUCAGCAUCUUCUCAGGUAUGAUGAGGUCCUGUAUAGAUCUUCUCAGGAUCUGCAACCCAAGCACAUUGUCAGCUACCUCCUCACACUGAGCCAUCUGGCAGCCGUGGCACACAAAACCCUCCCCGUGAAAGGCAGCGCCCCCGACGUGGCACAGGCACGGCUCUGUCUCUUCCAUGCAGCACGCUCAGUUCUAGCCAAUGGAAUGAAACUUCUUGGCAUUACACCUGUAACUCAAAUGUAAAGAGGCCAUAUCCAA